AUGCAAGUUGGCAUCCAACCAUUCCUGAGUCCUUUUGGAGCUAUUAAAUAUUCAGCAUGGCAGGUCAAACGCACGCUCUUCCUGUUUGUGUUGUCAGGUUGUGGCCAGCGGUUCCUGGUUGGUCCUCCAGGUGAGUCUCGGAUCAUUGGGGGGCGGGAGGCUCCGGAGGGGGCGUGGCCUUGGCAGGUGAGCAUCCAGCUGCGCUUCAGGCACCACUGUGGAGGCACCAUCCUCAACAAGCUGUGGGUUCUCACUGCGACGCACUGCUUCCACAAACUCCGAUGGAUCAGCACAAACCGUUUUCGCGUGGUGGCAGGACUGCGGGUGUUGUCCUCUCCGGGAGAUCACGUCCAGAUCCGCAGAGUCAGCAAAGUCAAAAUGCACGAGGACUACAACAAAGUCACGGUCGACAACGACGUGAUGCUGAUGCUGCUCAGUUCCCCCUUCGACUUCAACGACCACGUCCAGCCCGUCUGCACACCCCAGAACGUGAGCCACGAGUACAUCCUCAGCUUCAGCUCCUGCUUCAUCACCGGAUGGGGCAGCGCCUACUACCAAGGCAGGCUGAUGAACAGAUUGCAGGAAGCUCAGGUGGAGCUGAUCAACAGCAGCACGUGUAACCAGAGCAGCUGGUACAACGGCUUCAUCACCGACAACAUGAUCUGUGCCGGACUGGAGAGCGGGGACGCCGACUCCUGUCAGGGCGACAGCGGGGGUCCCCUGCAGUGCUACAGCGACAGCGACGACAGGUUUUAUGUGGUCGGAGUGACGAGCUUCGGGGAUAAAUGCGGGCUUCCUCACAGGCCCGGUGUUUACGCACGAACCAGCAGGUUUGCGGGUUGGAUCAAUGCGAGUCAGGCAGCGUCAGAGUCUACAGCACACAGACCAGACAUGAAACUCCUCUCAGCUCUGCUCAGCGCCGCUCUGAUGCUGCUCUGAAACAUCCAGACCGUUUUAAAAUAAAUCUCCAAAUCCUUAUUCCAUCAGUUUUUGUUUCUUACUAGUCAGUGCAGUUACCCUGUUAGAGCCGUCAGUGCUUUUUGAAAAGGUCCAAACACCCACAUUUCUCAAUCAGUAUCUUAUUCUCAGUGAUUCGCUCCAACAUGAGCAGUUUUCUACCAGAGUGGGAAUAGUUUGGGUUUUUUUUUUCACAAAAGAAUUUCUAGCUUUAUAGGUGUCUACACCCUCCCAGAUAUAGAAGUAGCAGUAAUAAACAGGAAAAUGCUGGUCAUAUGAUCUGGAAUCUAAUCACUUGGUCCUUGUUUUAUUUCUGACCUUUCCUGAAAAUUUAGUCCAAAUCCGUUGGUCCGUUUUUGAGUUUUUCCGGUUUUGCUAUAUGCUGUCACCGCCCACUUCAUCAUGUACUGUACUCCAAACUUUUAUUACUAUGCCAAGGAACGCGGUGGAGUUAUGUGACGAUCGGUGUCUGUCUGUCUGUUAACAACAUUACUCAAACACGGACCAACGGAUUUGGAUUAAAUUUUCAGGGAAGGUCAGAAAUAAAACAAGGACCAAGUGACCAAGUGAGUAUUGAUUGCAAUACUACAACUCUGUCAUUAAUUUUACUUUUACAAAGUGUCUGUAUUUUCUGUUUGUGCUGACGCUAAACUGUUGGUCAGUCUAGUUUAUGUUUAUGGUUGAAAAUCAUGUUUGUCAGAUAGAUUCCAGUUCAUUCAUGUCAACAAUGAUUCUUCUAAACACAUUCGUUAGUUAUGGAGUUCCACAAGGUUCUGUGCUGGGACUUUGUUUCUUGAUACACUUAGCCAGUAUUAUUAGAAAACACUCCAUAAACAAACUUUCACUGCUUUUCAGAUGUCACACAGCUUCAUUUAGCUCUGAAAUGUAUCAGUGACUCAAACUUUAAACAAGUUUUAAAGGCAUACAGGUCUGGACUGCUUUUAAUUUUCUUCAGCCCAAAAAUGCUAAAGUGGAUGGCAUCACUUUGGCCUAAAGCGCUAGAGUUGAGUUAUUUUAGACCAGGAUAUGCCCUUUAAUUCAAACAUAAAAUGGGUCUCUGCAGUUUGGUUAAAAUCAGGAACAUUCUGUCUCAGAGUGAUGCUGAAAAACUAGUCCAUGCAUUUGUUACUUCUGUCCUGGACUAUUGUAAUUACUUAUUAUUAGAAUGUCCCAAUAAAUCUUUGAAAAACAUCCAGUUGACCCAAAAUGCAGCAGCCAGAGUUCUGACAGCAAGAGGGAUUAUAUUUGUCCCAUAUUAGCUCCUCAUCAGUGGCUCCUUGUAAAAUGUAGAAUUUGGAAUUUAAAAUCUUUCUUCUCACAUCCCAAGCUGUUAAUGCCAGAGCUCCAUGGUAUCUUUUAGACCGUAUUGUUCCAUAUUUUCCCAAUGGAGCACUUCACUUUCAGACUGCAGGUUUACUUGUGGUUCCCAGAGUUUCCAGAAGCAGAUCCUUCAGCUAUCAGGCUUCUCUUCUGUGAAACCAGCCCCCAGUUUGGGUUCAGAGGGCAGGCACCUUCAUUAGACUUGGAAUUAUGGUUAAAACUUCCCUUUUUGAUGAUGCUUAUUGUUUGGGCCGACUCAUUCUUUUGUUGUGUUGGUAUAGACCUGAUUGCGUUUCUAUUAAUGCACUGAGAACUUCUCCUGUACUGGUUCUUUACAGUACCACAGUGAAUUUUAAAUGAAACAAUUCAGAUGCAGUUGAAGUCCAGACUUCAGCUUCAAUUCUGUGGGUUGAACUAAAAGAUUGCAUAAAAAUGUGAGAAACUAAAGCAUUUUUUAAACGCAAUCUCUUAAUUUCAGGGGCCCAAAAGUAAUCAGAUAAAUUAAGUAACUGAAAAUAAAAUAUUAAUUUGUAGUACUUGAUUGAAAACUCUUUGCUGGAAACAACUACCUGAAGUCUUGAACUCAUGGACGUCACCAGACGCUGGGUUUCCUCCUUUUUAAUGCUCUGCCGGGCCUUUACUGCAGCGGUUUUCAGUUGUCUUUCUUUCCUAAGUUUACUGCUUAACAGGUGAAAUGCUCAGUUGGGUUGAGAUCAAGUGACUGACUCGACCAUUCAAGAAUAUUCCACUCCUUUACUUUAAUAAAGCCCUGUGUUGCUUUGGCUGGA